CCAGUCCGAAUCUGGUACUGGGUGAAUGCGACGUGCCGCCUUCCUCGCCGUCGCCGCCGGCGCGACGAGCCUCCACAGCAUGGCGUACGUCGACAACACGGCCGAGAUCCCGGUUGACGCAUCCCGCUUCUGCGCUGGCGGCGGCGCUUUUGGCCUCUACGAGCGCCAGACCGGGUGCGCGCUUGGCAACUGCGACUGCUUUCCGGUUCUCUUUGCGUGCGACCCGUCGCUGGGCAAUGGCCUUGGCGAGUGUGCACUCUCGGGCGUCGGCGAACUCCUGCUUGUCCUCGCCUUUGUCGUCAACCUUCUCGUGCCCGCGCUGUACGUGCUCUCCCACUUUUACCACGAGAACGACGCUGUUGACGCCCGCGCCGUGCUCCACGAAGAGCGCAGCGCCCGUCGACCGACCCUCGAUCACAUGCCAUCCGCCAUCUCGGACGCGGCCGAGCCCAAGGAGGACCUGGAAGCGACGUACUUUGACAUGACGCAAUUUCGCCGCGCGAUCCCAGACAAGGUAUUUGGUCUCGACAAGACGGCCAAAAUCAAGCUCGAGGUUAUGUCCAAAGGCUGGAUUCAGUUUAUCUUCUUCUUCAUGCUCACAGCUUUCGCCGUGUGCCUGAGCCUCUUUGCGAUUUCGGCCGAUACCGUCGAGACGACGAUUCCCUUCUCGUCGCUCAACGCCACCGUAAGCAACAAGUCGACGACAUUCGUGUUUGACGCGGCCGCCGCCAACGCGACGCUGCCCCAAGGCACGCGCUUCGUAUCGCUGCACGGCGACCUCUGCCAGCUGCCGCCAUCGCCCGGGGACCAUGUGCUCAACGUGAGCUACACGGUCUCGGCGCGCAUCGACGGCGGGCUCUUAUUUGACACGUUCUCCCACGACCGACUCCUCGUGCGCUGCGUCUGCUCGGACGUGUCGUGUCGCCCGGUCGCCGGCAGCGAAGACGCAUUGGUCUCGAUCCCUUGGUUCCAAGAUGCCUUCCAAGUCAUUGGCCACGACGUGCAGCACGCCAUUUCGCUCCACCUUCAUGUGCACACCAACACGACGCUGCAUGGUCGCCCAGAGCUUGUGCUGCUGGCGCACCAUGCGCGGCUCGAGCGACUGAUUGAGAUCGUCAAGUGGCUCUUCCUCGUCGCCGACGUUGUCGCGCUCGGCUACUGGAGCUACUUGAAUCGGCACCGCGGGUGGCGCCGGCUCCUGCCAGAGCGCCGCCUCUUGUAUAUUUCGCUGCUCUGCAACGCGCUCGGGUCGAGCCCCGUGCUGCACUUUACCCAAGCGUUCCUCUCGAGCACGUGGAGCUACCUCUUUGCCCAAGCGUGGGCCGCGGGCCUCGCCGGCGCGUGGCUCCUCAGCCUCCUCGUGGCGAUCGACCUGCAGCGCCAGCGCACCUUUCGCUGUUCGUUUUUUGCACUCAAAGUGACGGUGCUGGUCGUGGCCAUGAGUGUUCGCGGCGUCUCGUUCUACGCGCUCCCGAACGCCAUCACGUCGCUCCUCGAUCUCUUCCUUGCGGUGCUGGCCAUGGUGCUCUUCCGCGGCGUCAUGAUGAGCGUGCGCAACGACCUGCGUCGCAAGGCGUACGCCGCGUCCCGGCCCGAGCAGCUCACGGCGCGCGUUCUGUACUUUAUCGCGCUUCAAGUCACCUACGUCUACUUUUUUGCUGCGCUGUUUGCCGACCCGGUCCCAAAGGUCAAGGUGUACAUGGCGAACGCACGGGUCCUCGCCAACCUUCCGAUCCAAGUCAUUGCCCGCGCCGCGACACUCGUCCUCUUUCUUAUCUUCUUGCCCGUCAACAACAAGAAGCGACCGCAGCUCCUAGCGACGACGAUGGUGUUUACGCGUGAGAACUCGCUGCAUUUACCCUCCGUCAAGCGGUCCGUGUCCCAAGGCCAUGGAAAUGGCGCUUCGGCGCCGCCCGUCUUGUGCCUCGAGACCGCCUGUGGCCUCUACAACCUCUCUUGCCACGCGUACUAUGCGAUCCCGAAUGCCAAGCACGUGUCGACGGACCUCGACUUGGACGUGGCGGCGGUGGCGCGGGACGGCCUCUCGGUCAUCGCCGAGCUCUUUGACGGACCGACCGACACGCACGCGCUCGUGUUUAUCGAUGCGAAGCGGCUAUUGGUUGCGUUCCGCGGGACAUUUAGCCGCCAAAACGCAGUCACGGACCUCGACUACAACUUUUGCGCGCCGAGUCUCUUUCUCGACCGGUUCCCGACGCUGCGCGUCCACCAUGGGUUCUACGCCGCGUACAUGAGCAUUCGACCGCAGCUCUUGGCGAUCCUCGGCGAGCACAUGACGGAUGCGCUGCAAGUGUUUGUGACGGGCCACUCGCUCGGCGGGGCACUCGCCACCAUUGCAGCCUUUGACCUUGCGACGUCGUACCUCGUGACCGACGUCGUUGUCUACACGUACGGAUCGCCGCGCGUCGGCAACCAUGCAUUUGCCCACGCAUACAACUUGUUUGUACCGAGGACGUUCCGCAUUGUCAACGACGCUGACGUGAUUGUGGGCGGCCCCAAGCAAGCCGUCUUUGGCUGCUACUGCGUUUCGUCGCUCCGGUACAAGCACGUGGGCACGCCCGUGCUGCUCUCGGACCGCGCAUGCGGCACGUUCUUGAUCGACCCAAACAUUGUUGAAAUGGCCUUUAUCGCCAAACUCCGCAGCAAUGGCUUCUCCCACCUCUUGUCGGCGUACCGCAUCAAGCUCGCGCGCGGCUUGAAGGCGACGCUGGCCGCGCAUCCGCCACUAAACGAGACGACGCCGCUGAGUGUCGCAUAAGCUACUGCAACAGUGCGUACACGGCGCUUGUAAAAUGUUACAUAGUAGGUUAUGAGCGAGGUAUUAGUAAGUGUUGUUGUCGACGGUC